AUGGCGACAAUGGCCGAAACUCAGACAUCGACGAUCCCGAUGCCCAAUGGCACAGAGUCCACCGCUUCGGAGCACCCAGCCCCGGAGAUUACAUUUAUCCACAGAGUUGCUUCCAUUCCGCUUGUCUACUCGUCGUUGCAGACGAUCCACGACACCCUCGCGUCUAACACGUACACCCGCACACCGUUCUCCACCGCGAAGGACCUCUCCGCCACCGCAUACAAGUACACGGAGCCAUUCCAGGCUCGAUUUGCACCUCUUAUCGUCCGUGCGGAUGGCUACGCCAACAAGGCCGUGGAUAUCGUCGAAUCGCGAUAUCCUUAUCCUUUCCAAGUUAAGCCUGAGGAAGUAGCUACCUUCGUUCGCGAGAGGCGCGAUAGCGCUGUUUCCGUUGCGAACAAAAACUUCGACGAGAAGGUCAAGAGCCCCGCUUUCAAUGUCGCCCAGGGCAUUGAUAACCGUUUCGCCCCGAUUGUCGAUUAUAUCGAGGCUCAAGUCAACGGUCCUGAGGCAGGCCCAUCCACGCCGCCAGACGCCAAGUACCAGUAUCAACGCGCCCUUGCACUCUCCAGGACCCUCACCGACCGCGCAUAUGUAUACUCUGGUGAACAGAUCAAGCACCUUCAGACCCAGUCCGUACUAGUAAACCGCGCCAUGGAAACAGCCCACUCGAUUUCCGAACUUGCUUCUUCGUCUCUUUCUACCGCCCAAACUCGCGUUCACACCCUGUCCGACACCAUGGUCCUCGAGCUCCAGAAGAUCCAGACCUCUGCCCAGGCACUCUCCACUUCCCUUGCCACCUCCGCCUCCGAACUCCAGACUUCCAUUCGCUCCCAAGCCUCUGCUAUCCCGCCACAGUUCCACGAGCACCUCGCUCACCUCCAAGGGCAGGUACACGAGCUUCAGACUUCGCUUGGUGCAACUAUCAACGAACUGAAGGGCAUCGUCACGGCGAAGGACGUCCCAAUACAGGAAAAGGUCAACAAAGUUACUGCGGAGGUGAAGGAUCGUGUCACUCCUUUGUUGGCGAUAGUGCAGGCUCGAGUCACAGAGAUCUUGAGCGGGAAGAAGACCGGAGAGGGUGCCCCUUCAAAUGGAAAUGGCCAACCGCCGACUGCAAAUGGCAACGGGGUUGCUGAGUAG